GACACAGAUUCUGUGUCCCUUAACCUCAAAAGUAAGGUUGAUCAGCUGUUAUUUUUAUAAAAUUUUAGUGCAAAAUGCAUGUAGAUUUAGCUUCGCAUUUGCACACGGACAAGUGCAACGAGUUAAUAAAACUGCUAAAAGAUUGUCACGAACAGAAUCCAGCGCUAAAGUUUUUUGGGAUUUGUAAUAGUUAUGACAGCGAUAUGAGGGGCUGCUUAAGGCAAGAAAGGUUGGUUAGGACGAGGAAAAACUUUGAAAAAUCUGUGGAAAUGAAGCAGAAAAUGAAGCAGAUAUGGGAAAGAAAACGUCUAGAAGGCGAGUUAUAAGCUAGAUCAGACAUUAUAAAUAUUUUGUUUAGAAUAAUAAAUUGUAAGUUUUA